AAAGAAAGUCUUUGAUUCGGUCGACGGAGGGAGGAUUCUUGGUUAUCACUUCGCUCGUCACCCCGCUGUCUUCGGACGGUUCGCCGCCGGCUUCGAGUUUUUUCUAUUUUUGACACCCAGGAGUCUUGUGUGACAUUUCGUCGUAGGACGAGUGGAAUUUCCGGGAACCCGAGGAGGGCGAGAAAGAUUGAUUUUUUUUUUACAUUUUUUUUUUAUACUUCUGAGCGGAUGUUUGGCUCGCGAGCUUGGAUCGAGUGAACGGAGUGGAGAAAUGGACUUUCGCGACUCAAGUACCGUUAUUUCCUUCUCUCAUUUCUUGAACUUUGGCAUAUAUUAUCUUUGAAGUUUCACUUGUUGCUUCUUCGUGCCGGUACUUCUGUCUGUCUCUCUCUCUCAAGGAUUGGAGAGAAGUGGCUUACGUGAAUUUUGUUUACGAGCGAAGGAAGCGAUCUUUUGCGAAGCUGAUAGGCAGCGUGACGCCUGACGGAAGAGACAGAGGUCCUUCUUUUUUCACUUUUAGGCCCGAGAGUGAGCAGGAAGUGGAGAAGUCGUAAAUUAAAUCAAUUCAUUCACGCUCAUCUUCCUUCAGAGACGGAAGCGCCAACGAAAAUAAAAAUAAACAUACAGAAACUUAAGUGGAACAUGGUGCAGACAGGAACCGAAGCCUUGUAUAGGUAGGCGUACGCCCACCCAUCCCGAGAACGACGAGUGCCCUUUCAAAGCGACGAGCGCUAUUCAAGACGAAGAAGCCCCUUGCCAAUCGGACUCGAUAGGAUCUGUGUGCAUCGCGCGUGUGUUAGACAAAAGUGACCGUACAGCAUUGAGCGAGCACCCAAGACGGACUGACGCAGGAGGCUGCCGUCGCAAGACGACUUGCCGUGACGUUGCCGUGAAGACUCGCCAGUACGACGGUGACCGACGAUUUAGCCUCGAAUCGUUCCCGUCUUCGGGCUUUCUGCCCACGUUGCCGAUAUAGGAGUGAACAGACAGUGAUCGGCGAGCUCACAGGACACCUUCCAUCCGAGAAUAGAUGUUGCUAUCGGCCGUGCCGUGACACGACGUCACUGCGAAGGUUUGCCAAGGACGGCAUUCGUUUUCAGUCACGGAAUCGUUUCCGCGUGUCGCAGCCCGCCGAACGAAGGAACUGUCUCGGCGAGAAUUGGAUUGCCCAGCGAAGCGGGACGCGCGCGUGGGACACUUCCGUUUCCCGUGUCCGUUCCGGAAGUGGAGGACAGCGGCUCGUGAAGCGGCACGAUGAUUUUUUCCAUCUCGACCAAUGGCGAAGCCCUGCCCCGCCGCGCGGACCAGGCGCCCAUGCCGGGCCAGGACUCCAGCAGCGCGCCGGCGAGGGCAAAUAACGCCAGGAACGGAAACAUGAAUGGCAUUCAGCUCAAACCGAUGCCGAGGUACAAGCGGACCGACUUCGAGGACGAGGAGACGAGCAGCGCGAGCAGCAUGCCCGUGGACGCCACCGGCAGCUCCACGGUGCUGACCGACAUCAAGUCCGGCCCCGGGGGCGGCGGGGGCGGCGGCGGCGGGAGCUCGGCCACCGCCGCGAUGCUCAACCCGCUCGGCGUACGCUACUCGGUGUCCGGCGGACACCGGCGCACCUUUUGGCAGCGGGCGUCGCCGCUCGAGCGAUUCCUGCUGGCGCUGGUCGCCCUGCUCGCGUUCGUGGUGCUCGUGCUCUCCAUCGUGGUCAGCGUCAACACGGGGCGCGUCCGGGAGAGGAUCAUCGAGCGCGUCAUCCAGCCCACGCAGCCUAAGUACUGCGUGACGCCGGCGUGCGUGACGGUGGCCAGCUCCAUCCUCAACGCCAUGGACCCGGAGAUGGACCCGUGCGAGGACUUCUACCAGUACUCGUGCGGCGGCUGGAUCAAGGCGAACCCGCUGCCCGACGGCAAGUCCAUCUGGGGCACCUUCGGCAAGCUCUGGCAGGAAAACCAGCUCGUCAUGAAGAACGUGCUAGAGGACGAGAAAACGGAGCUGAAAAGUGAAGCCGAGCAGAAAGCUCGCAUCUACUACUACUCAUGUCUGGACAAGAACGACACCGUUGAAAGCCUCGGUUCCAAGCCCAUCGUCAAUCUCCUGGACAUUGUGGGCGGCUGGAACGUGACGGGCAACUACUCGAUGGACACGUGGCAGCUGCAGCCGGCUCUGCAGCUCAUCCACAACGUGUACUCGCGCUCGGGCCUCUUUUCGUGGGCCGUGGGCGAGGAUGACCGAAACUCGUCCAGACACGUGGUCCAGGUGGAUCAGGGGGGCCUGAUCCUGCCCUCCAGGGACUACUACCUCAACAAGACCAAAGACGACAAGGUUUUGAAUGCCUACCUCACGUACAUGACUUCCAUCGGCGUGCUGCUCGGGGGCAAGGAAUCCGACGUGAAGGCGCAGAUGCAGGACGUCAUCGACUUCGAAAAGAGACUGGCUAACAUAACGGUGCCGGCGGAAGAGCGUCGUGACGACGAGCGCCUCUACCACAAAAUGACCGUGGCCGACCUGCAAAAGCGGGCACCGCUACUCAACUGGACGGAGUACUUCACCAGCGCUUUCGCCCAGAUCAAUCGCACCAUUCCGCCGACGCAGGACGUGGUGGUGUAUGCGCCGGAAUACAUGGGCAACAUGACCCAGCUAGUCCAAGAGUACAUGAACACCACGAGGGGCAAAAUCACGAUAUGCAACUACCUGGGUUGGAGCCUGGUGCACUCGAUGGUGUCGUACCUAUCCGAGCCCUUCCGCGAGGCGUCCAAGGUCCUGCGGAAAGCUUUGAUGGGCUCGGACGGAUCGGACACCACGUGGCGCUACUGCGUCACCGACACCAACAACGUCAUCGGUUUCGCCCUGGGCGCCAUGUUUGUCAGGGAAGUGUUCGACGGCGACAGCAAGCCCCUCAAUAUGCCAGGUAGCCGACAUUCCGCUGGUGCAGUGGAUGACUCUUGUUCCCGGAACAAAUUGGUUAAUUCUACAAAGUUACAGGCUCAGAAUAUGAUCAAAGAGGUAAAAGAUGCAUUCAAGAACAACCUACCCAUGCUCAAAUGGAUGGACAAAGAGACCAGGGAGCUCGCUAAAGAGAAGGCGGAUGCCAUCACUGAUAUGAUUGGCUUUCCAGAUUUCAUCACCGAUCCGAAAAAGCUGGACGAGAAAUACAAAGGCCUGGAGUUUGUAGAGAACGAAUACUUCGAAAACAACAUCCGGGUGAGCCAGUUCCUGCUCAAAAAGAACAUGCAGCGCCUGUACCGGCCAAGCAACAAGACCGAAUGGGAGAUGACGCCUACCAUCGUGAACGCUUACUACACGCCUACCAAGAACCAGAUCGUUUUCCCGGCUGGCAUCCUGCAGGCGCCGUUCUACGAUCCGAACUAUCCAAAGUCUCUCAACUUCGGAGCCAUGGGAGUGGUCAUGGGACACGAGCUGACUCACGCCUUCGACGAUCAAGGACGAGAAUACGACAAGUCCGGAAACCUUAACCAGUGGUGGAAGAACUCAACCAUUCAGAGCUUCCAGUCGAGGGCCCAGUGCUUCAUUGACCAGUAUUCAAACUACACUGCCAACAACGAAAACCUCAACGGAAAGCAAACACUGGGCGAAAACAUCGCGGACAACGGAGGUCUGAAAGCGGCUUUUCAUGCAUUUGAGGAAUGGCUGGACAGGCACCCCGACGAGCCCCCUCUGCCCGGCGUGAACCUGACGCACAAGCAGCUGUUCUACGUUGGCUUCGCCCAGGUGUGGUGCUCCACCGAAACGCCGGAGGCCAUCCACUUGCAGAUCCUCAGUGACCCCCACUCGCCGGCGAGGUUCAGGGUCACGGGGCCGGUGUCCAACUCCGAUGAGUUCUCCAGGGAGUUCAAGUGCCGAAAGAACAGCGCCAUGAACACUCGGAAGAAGUGCGAAGUGUGGUGAUGGAACAGGUCACGACACGACGUAAUGAAAGUGAAUGAGUCUGCCGCACCGACGCAAGCACACUUAAGGUCAGCAUUUCUUGGUCCCAGUCUCCAAGCUGCGCGACAUCGGGACCCCUCCGAGCUUUGUUCUUACAUGCAAGCGGUACAGCCUAUCGAAGGAAGAAGAACUGAACAGGUCAUGCUUUCUAGGCUUUGUUUUCGUGUACAUAGCGGAUAGCGUAUUCGAAGAUGCGUGCGUCAAAGGCAAAGCGAGAACGCAGCUGGCAACCAUCCUCAUAUUCAGUGUUUAGAGUUAACGUGUAAGAAUGUGCCUCGCGAGUCUGCUUUCCGUGGUGUACAUAAGUACUUGUUGCUUUGUGUGCUGUGUGUACCUGUUGUUCUGUUGUCGUGUACGACGAGCCCACGUGCUUACCACGCGUUCAUACAGCCAUACUAUACGCGCGUGUAUGGGCAUCGAAGUGUGAACGCGAGCAGUUAAAUCGCCACAAAGAGAGGGAGGCACCUGUGACGAAACGGCGUCAGCGCCACGGCAGCGGUCACGUGAUUUUUUACAAAGGAUGAGCCCUGGCAAACGAAAUCUCGUAGGAAACCCUCCAGCCACAAAAAGGCUACAUAUUUCUUCUCGCUUCAUUUAGUGAGUAUUGGUCUGGAAGAUGGCAUCUGCUUUUCGGAUAGUCGAACAUCUUUAGCAGUUCGUCGGUUUACUAAAGCAUGCGAUAUAGAUCAGGUCAGUGCAUAAAGCGCUUGCAAGUGACUAUUGCGUGGCUUUUGCAGCACACAAUGACUUUUGACAGAUAAGUGUGGGAAGGAAAAACAACGCACGCGGCGCACUGCUGAAAAGAACUGCGCAGACGAAAAAGAAAGUGUAACGCGCAGUUAUACGUUUGACAAAUGUGCACUGGCGCGCGCCAUCGUGAGAUUUGAAAGGGCAGUUUGCGCACGCACGACAGUGUCCCUGUUCUCACGCAUGACAUUGCACGAAGUCACCCGAACAUACGCUUUUACUCGAAAGCCAUGUUUUGUUCCUUAUGAUGCCCGGAAUGUAAAAUAAGCUUCAUAGCUGCUGAAGUUGGGCGAUAUGGUCUGGUUCAACAGACGUGGCGUUGGACGAACGUAACUGACAGAUUUCCAAGCUGCCGGGGAUAUCCUUCUCCAAGAGACGGCCACGUUUGUUUACCCGUACAUAUUAUUGACGAAUGAAUUGAAUAAUAAGUAACGAGCUCAAGUAAUGAGCUCAAACUGAGUAAUGAGCUCUAGGCUACCACUCACUGGUUUCUGUGGACUACAUUUAUGAACGGCUGGCUCCGACUCUUCAUGGAGUGGCGUUAACAUCUCCAACUUACCUUCUAGCCGCAAAGUAGCGUUGUAAAGUUAACAAGACUUGCGAUGUAGGUUCGUUGGUUCGUCGUGUCGGGGCGAGAUAUAGCUCAAAGACCACAAUGGCACAAGAGGACAUUGGACACACACGGAAUUGUGUGUCCAAUGUGUCUUCUUGUGUCCUUGUUCUUCCACUAUAACUCUAGCCUUGUCGCUAUAAAACCGCUUUGCUGUCGUCAACUGUGUGUCAUUUUUGGUACUGGCGGACAACUUAAAGCGCUGGAAAGACACAACCCACAAAAUCCGACUAAUUGCUUAACUUCUCCCACAAAGCUACCAAAUCGUAGUGUGACCCCCAAAAGAGAGAGAGCAAGCGAGAGGGGAAAGGCAGGGACCUUAACCAGAAGUGAGUUUCCGGUUUGCUACCCUGCACUGGGGUGGGGGAUAAAGGGGUUAGAGAGAGUGCUAACAAGUUGCACUAGUCUAAGCAUGCGCUCUGACUUAGACCGGAUGUUAGUGAGCGCGAUGUCAUAGUAACUAGGGGUCACUAUGACAACUCUUUGUUGCGACAGAGAUCUCACGAUGUCUUCGUUCGCCAAGGUUAUUGCUGUUAUGGAAUACACAAGCUAGGUACGGAAGCAUGCGUGCAUUUAUGCUUGCGAAAGACAGAUGCUAUCGGUUUCAUUUGAGCAUGUAAUCACUGCCGCCGUGGCAUGGCCGUAGAUAAGCGCAAACGUUUCCUGUUGCGAUAAGGGUGCCUACGAAGAGUUGUGAUCUUGUUGAGAGCGCUUUGACACGGAUGUCAUUCAGUUAUCGAGAUAUUUCACACAGAUGUACUAUGUGGUUAACGGUGUUGCUGUUAUCAUUUUGUUUUUCGUAUCUGUUUCUGCGCGCGUUAUGAGUAGUUCAAGGGUUUGACGAUACGUUUCCAUGCUUAGUUCUGUCCAUGAUGCACUUGAAAUCUGUACAUAUCAACGAUGACAAAUGGUAUGAGCUAUGUCUCGCGUCAAAUAAGGUGAAAGCCUAUGUCUUCGAACACUAAGAUGUGGAAUUUCCUGUGCAGUUAGUACUCAUAUAUCCCAAUAUUCGAGCCUCAAAUAAUUUUACACAAGUUACAAACAUAAUGAGAUCGUUUCCCUUACCUAGCUUGCGAAUCCCACAUUCCUGAAGACUGCACUGAGUGACGGCGCAUUCUUUUUUUUUUUUUUCGCAUCCACAUGUACUAGUCAAAUUAUGCGAACACAAAGAAACUAUGUGUACACUGUAUUCUUUACAUAAAUAUUCUGCAUUUCCCUUUAGAUAGCGCCAGCUCCAACAGGGUAAGCAUGUUAAUGAACACAUUUUGUUGACAUCAGCCAUCCGUACCGGUGACAUGUUUCGAGUUUAUCACGAUGGCUUGGCGGCGUAUACCAAAAGCAGUGAUCGGCUUCCUCGUUAUUGUGUUUCUGCGCUGCCUUUUGUGUACACAGGACGCAGUACUCCAACUAUUUAGCAAACGUUUUAAGCCAGCAGCAGCGACCGACAUUCAGUGGUAGCGCGGAUGGCGCCUUGAAACCGCUGUAGGCACAGCCAUGUUUACACUUUUUCACAUUGUAAAAUGUUAAUUCGUCGUCCAGCCAAAGCGCCGUAAGACGGCGACAAUCCUUAGCAGUGCUGGGGCUUUGCCGGUCAGUAUAACGCCUUUGAGACCAUUCAGUUUUCCUACUCCAAUGUCAAGAACCGACCUUUAAUAACAAGGACGACAACAACUUGAAAAUUUCCUACUUUACGGGAUUUCACAUCAGUGCAUUUAUAUGUAUAUCUUGUUACAAGUCCUGUACUAUAAAGGCAAAACAAACGAACUCAUACGAAAACGCAAAUUUCAGCAACUGACCCUCGAAAUGCGCUAACCAACUCAUUGGCAGACAAAGUUGCGAUGCUGAUGGAUCGAGCUUGUCAUAAAGGUAAAUUUCUGUGACGCAUAUGACGACCUAGGCAGACAACCGACCAACAAGAAUUCAUAAGAGGAUACUUGAAAAGAUACUGCGCGUGCCUAUAAAGAUCAGUUGCGGGAGAAGCGAACCCCUGCAUAUCCCAAGAAAAAUGAAAAUCUCGUCUCUGUCGUCGAAGUAUCGUCGAAGAAGCAUGUUGUGCGGAGAAUUGGCCACCAUUAAGCACCUUUCAUAACCUGGCGUGAGUUUCGGUUCUUUGUACAAAACUGUUGUUUAUAUGUUUACAGCCACAUGUACAGCGCUAUAGAACAGAGGCUGUGUGUAUAGCGGACAAUGUCAUGUAGUCGUGUACUCGUAGCUCUGUGAAUCGGGAACAGUGGUCUGUCGCGUUCCACGAUGUAUUUAAACACCAUUGAGUGAACCUUGUUUCGUUGUCAUUGUAUACAUAGCAUAUUCGCACCUUCUUUUUUAUUUUUUCAAGCUGGUUUGCGUAAGUUGUAUGUCGCAGUGUGAAACAUUCAUUGUUUUCUGUGUGCGUUCUGUUCUUCCUCUGGGUGAGGAGUCGCCAGUUUUUGAUCAUUACUGUCAGUGUAUGUAAAGAAAGACUGAUGUUGACGAAGCUUGGUUGAUAUUUGCGGCUUAACAAGUAGGAAACAUUUGCUGUUGUUGUUUUUGCAAAUUACAUGUGUCCAAUUAUAUGUCCGGUGAAAUCUGUUUUAGUUUCGUGUGUUUUGUCAUGACUAUAUACGUGUUUGAGAGUUGCUAUGUUUUGCUUUGUUAGCAAUCCUGCAUAUUGCAGCCUGAAUAUUGGAACCGUUACGCCUUCUUCGAGGAAGGGCCACUCGAGCCUUCAGCUUGAUUCUCUACUGGACGUCAAAAUUAUCAGCCAGUCGAAGCCUCCAUAUACUGUGGAGAUGCGCACGAAGCUUCACGUGCCCACCGAUCGAUGGGCAGUUUAACGGAGUAGUCGACGCUCAGGACAGCACAUCAUUAAUAUUCAAGCGUCGAGGCAGUACUAGUAUAACACGCUUGAAUCAAGAAGGACGACCGCUUGAAUGCUCGUAGUGGAACUUCCUCAAGAUGAAACGACGCAACAGCACUGUAUCACUUGUUUCAGGUGUACUUUGUGAUUAGUUACGCAACUGUAUACCAGAUGCGUAUGAGGAAACAUUGAGCUAGUUAACAGUUAUCAAGGAGAUGCAGCGAAACAAAGGCGAACACUCGACAGUUAAGUAAACAAGAGACGCGGUUUUACUUAGGUGUCACGUGUCCCGUUUAUGUCCUCGUAAAGUGUUACUUUUUGUUGGACUGUCAGUGGUGCAUAAUAGCACACGACUUGACGUGCCACUUUUUGAGAGCAAUGCACAGUCCGCAAUUUUCUGAAAGUAUUGGGAAUGCAUCUCUGACAUAUAUUUCAAGUCCUGAGUUCUGUACCAUAGCAGUGUACCUAACUAAAACAGUUACCAUCCACCUUGUAAGGGAGCUGUGAUGAAGUAAAAAAUCAACUUAGUUGACGAUCACGUGGGUGAAUAAACAAAACAAGAAUGUAAGCGCACACACAGAUAUUUAUGGGAGGACCGCUUCUGAGCGCGCACAUCAAGCUGUGGUCUACGUUCGAGGGUGUCGUCCUAAAAGAAACACACUCUUGCUGUUUACAAUUGCUAGCUGGACAAGGCCGUGCACCCUUACAACAAAGUGAACUGCGCAAGCGACAAGGAACAGUGUAAGGAGACACGACUCGUCUUGUCUUGUCUCCUUCCCCUGUCUCUUGUCGUAGAUCGCGUUCGCGUUCUGCUUUUUAGCACGUUCGACGCAUGAGUAUAAUCAAAGUAUGCGCAAUUUGUUUUGAGAAUGAACUUACAUUGACGUUCGUGUUUCAUGCAUAGCGUGUGAAUACCCAUACCUUAAAUCUUGAUUUUUUCUGGUGCAGCGUGUGCAGUCGAUUGUCUCAUUUUCCAAAGUGAAGCAUCUUCGAAUGUCUAGUCAAGUUAUAAGCAUGCACACUGCUUUACAAGCGUUUACGAUUACAAACGUGUUACACCACCUAUUUGAGUAAGCCGAAAUGAGCUGUCCUUCAGUGUGUUACUUGUGCUUUAUACCGAUCGCAUUGUACAAUGGAAUACGACUCCUUAUGUGAAUGACUGCAGUCACUUGUACGAGUUUCACCCGAGACAUUUAUCUUUGUUUGUUUUUGCUCGUGGAGACAGUUCCGUUUAAAUGCACGCAUGUAUAAAUAUGUUUGUCUUGGCACUUUGAUUACGUUGGAAAUAAUUGUCUCGUUGUUAUUUGUAUGAGAGAUGAGAGCGACAUUUUACGUUGUACGUUGUUCAAAAACAAAAGAGAAAUGUCUUUGAAGCUGAGCACGACAGCCCGCGGGGUCAGUGGCAAUAUUUUGUGUUUGUCUGUGAAUUUUCUCGAAUAAACUAAGCUUUGUUUGAUAA